UCAUCACCAUUCGCACAUCCCUCUCUCUCUCCCUCCAUCUAUACUCUUGCUCCUUUGAGUGUUUUCUUUGAGAGAGAGAGUGACCGGAAAUGGCAUCAAGGACUCUAGCCACAACCGCCCUCCUCCUCUCCCUCAACCUCCUCUUUUUCACCAUGGUGAGCUCCACCUACUGCCCGCCGCCGCCGCCCAAGCACCACCCCAAGCACCCGCCCACGCCCACACCAGCGAAGGCCACGUGCCCCAAGGACACCCUCAAGCUCGGGGUGUGUGCUGACGUAUUGAAGAGCCUGCUGCACCUCGUGGUCGGUACCCCGCCGAAGACCCCUUGCUGCAGCCUCAUCGGCGGCUUGGCCGAUCUCGAAGCCGCGGUCUGCCUCUGCACCGCCAUCAAGGCCAACGUGCUGGGCAUCCACUUGAACAUCCCGGUCUCGCUCAGCUUGCUCUUGAACUACUGUGGCAAGAAGGUCCCUUCUGGGUUCCAAUGUGCCUAAGCUAGGUCACAUGCUUGAGCUCCUGGUCUUGUUGUUCCAAGAAAUGUACUAAAUAACGUGCAUGUCACAGGGUGGAGAGAUCAAGAAACAGAAUAAGUAUGUAACAAAUAAUGUUUGAUGUCUUUCUUACAAGUAAUAAAACGGAAGGAAACUCAUCUUCCCAUGUACAAUGUCAUCAUUAUCUUCUGUAAUUUGUGGUCAUCCAAUAGAAUUAUCGGGAAACUUAAGCA